GCUAUGAAAAUAUUCGAGCAAAACUUAAAAGUGCUCGACUUAAUAAUUUACCUAUAGCAAUAAAGGGUCACUGUGAAUGGAAUAGUAAUAUCAUUUCUUAUAAAAUUGAUGAAUCUCUAGCUGCAAUAACAUUCAUUGAAGUUGAGCAUCAGAAAUGUCUUUUUGCAAGAUAUUUUAUUGAGAAGCUUUGUAGUUUUAUAGCCAGUAUUGGUGCUUCUUUCCAACUAAUAAAAAUGGAUGAGAGAACAGAUUUUAAUACAGUUGCUACUUUCCAGAAUUUUAGUUCUAAAGUUACUAAAAUUCUUAAGUUUAACCGGAAGCAUGACUAUGAUGAAGAGAAUGCAAUAGAAGGGUUAAAAGCCAAGGAUACUACACAAUGGAAAAUUGUUUGUUAUAAAGCUAAAGAGAAUCUGGAAAAAUUGGUGGUAGAGGACUUGCAUAUAUCUUAUUUGGCAAAUCACUGGGAAGCUAUAAGAGAACUUUUUUAA